AUGGCAAAUUUCGGUACACGCAUGGUGACGACGACAAUGGCCAUGAACCAUUCGCAGCUCUUGCGCGUCCACUCGAUCAGCACGCGCGCAGUACACCGCCAGCCACCCGCCUGCUGUCUGAUGCUCAAGCCGUCCUCGUCGAUCCAUGCCUACAUCUACAGCUUGACGCAGACGGCCGAGACCAGAUUGAAUCAAUCAUCAUGGAACAUCCAGAGACAACAGACGGUACGUACUCCCGACUCCCAUGGGUGCUCCCCGCGCAAUGACGCAGCCCGCCGUCCGGUGCUCCGUGCCCGUGACUCUAACGGACAGGGACAGACCCCGCCUCUCCGUCCAACACCAACGCCUCCGCCGUCUAGCUGCGUGAAGUGCCCACGAUGCCUUAACAGCCAGCUGUUAGUUGGUGACGCCUCACCAGUUAGUGUCAAAGCUAUGUUCGCUCGGAGGCUUGUAUACGCGCAUACAGCCCACCCACAGUUCACACAACCCUCAGCCCUUUUUGCAACUCGUCAAGGCCCGAGCCUCCGUUUCAAGACGGGGUCAAAGACGGGGGACACGCCGGCUGCUACCACAAGGCCUUAUGGCCCAUGGGAGUCGCCGACGCUGUACGUCCAGCUUUGGGAACCUCCUUACCGAGGUUUCCUACCAUUGACGAGGCAGGCCACGGCAGGCAGCCCGUUCGUGGCCGCAUGGGACGGUUUGACGCUAGAUGAGGAGAGUUUUAACGCAUCUGCCUCCUUUUGCUUACUCGGACACGCCAAAUUGCAAAGUUCUUACAUUGACACCUUUCCAUCCUUCCAUUAUGCUUGGCAUCAAUUCAUCUCUUACUCUUACUCAUAUACAUCAAGAUGA